AGCCAUCCCACCUCCCAUCCUCGCCACCUCUGGGACAGCUCAGCUAAGCCGUGUCCCCUCCCUUGCAAACGCAACGACCACCCUCCCAACCCCCAGCACAACCUUCAGCGGGAAAGCCCAGCUGGGUCUAGCCAGUUACACCGGUCGACGAGGGUCUCCAUCGCAGCCGGCCGCCCUACUUCACGCUCAUUCAUAUUCAUUCUCUUUUCUCUCCGUCCCUCUGUCUGUCUCCCCAAAGACUCCUAACUAGACAGGCCGAUCCUCCCCAGCGGCACUCCCUUUCAUUCUUCCCCUCCCACAACACACACACACACACACACACACACACACACACCCGGACCCAGACAGCCCACUCCACUUUCCAGACGCCCACCUCCUACAUACUCCCCUCCCCUAAACAGACAUUCACCCACUCACCAUCUGUAGCCUCCUUCCGCCCUCCGCCCCGCUCCCCCUCCCCAAGAAGCAGACCUGCACAGUGGGACGCAGGGACCCCCGCCAGACGCUCGGGCAGUGCGCGCCGCACCGACCUCCGCCCGCCCCGCCGGGAAACUAACAAAGACUGCGGGCUCUAACCCCGAGCCCAGGAGCCGCGAGCGGCGGCCGGGGGCCGGGGAGCCUGGGCUGGGCCAGGCGAGGACUACUCCGGAGUCAGGAGGCAGCAGCUGCGGAAGACGCGGAUCCCUGGCCCUCAGAGCCGCUCGGACGCCGCCUGCACCAUGGGCUGCUGCACCGGGCGCUGCUCGCUCAUCUGCCUCUGCGCGCUGCAGUUGCUCUCAGCAUUAGAGAGGCAGAUCUUUGACUUCCUUGGUUUCCAGUGGGCGCCUAUUCUUGGAAAUUUUCUACACAUAAUAGUUGUCAUAUUGGGUUUGUUUGGAACCAUACAGUACAGACCUCGAUACAUCAUGGUGUAUACAGUGUGGACUGCCCUCUGGGUCACCUGGAAUGCGUUCAUUAUCUGCUUUUAUUUGGAAGUCGGUGGACUUUCUAAGGACACCGAUCUAAUGACAUUCAAUAUCUCUGUCCAUCGGUCAUGGUGGAGAGAACAUGGACCUGGCUGUGUCAGAAGAGUGCUGCCUCCCUCAGCCCAUGGCAUGAUGGACGAUUACACGUACGUCUCUGUCACAGGCUGCAUCAUUGACUUCCAGUACCUGGAGGUCAUCCACAGUGCCAUCCAAAUACUACUCUCUUUGGUGGGUUUUGUGUAUGCCUGUUAUGUGAUCAGUAUUUCCAUGGAAGAAGAAGACACAUUUGAUUUCAUAGGUGGACUUGAUACCCACUCCUACUACCAGGAUCAUGUUGAGUUAAAGCCUGUUAAACCAGAAUGAAGACUAAAUAUGUGUCCUGGGGCAGCACAGCAAAGUAAAAAGGAAAGAAAGGGCUGCAGUGAAUCCAGGCCCUCCAUGUGAGGUCCAGGUGCCUUCCUCAGUGUCCCUGAGACUUGUUCUAUCACCAUACUAUGGUUUCGAAGGCGGAAAAAUAAGACAAUGUGUGUAUGGUAUAGGUAAAGUUGCCUAUUACUGUUCCUAGUACUCAAACCUUUGACUAACAAGUUCAGGAACAAGUUUUCUAUGUUCCUGGAGGAUAUGGAAGGAACUCAACAAAAACCAAACCACCUAAAACUGCUUAGAUUUCAGCUGAGUACAAGAAAGAAAUCUUAGUCACUGAUUAAUAAAAUACUAGGAAACAUGGAAAUAGAUACACUGACUCCAUUCCUAGAAAAUUCCAACUAUCACAUAUUCAACUGUGUAAAUUAAUAAAGCUAUCAUACACUAACCACUUUGCAUAUGUUAUCUCACUUAAUCUUCAUGAAAACACUGCAAUGUACUAAUUAAUAUUCCCAUUUUAUAAAUAAGAAAACUGAGGUUCAUAAAGGUUAGGCAACUUUCUCAAAGUCCCACUAUUAUUGAGUUGUGGAGCUGAGAUCUUUCCUAGGUGGCAAACUGUCACCCAACCUGAUAUGAUGGACUUGCUCAGAGGAUCUUUUGUUCUUUCAGCUCGGUGUUCUGUAAUUCCGUGGUGAUAGAAGAAAUUAUGUAAAAUAGUUGCUUGUAUAACAAACACAUGUGAAAAGCUUCAACCGUUGCCUCUUUGCCACAGUGGUUCUACCCCAGAUAUGCAGCCUACACACUCAGCAUCUGUGAGGAUUGAAGCUCUGAGAAGGCUACACUGACCCCUCUACCUCUCCAGCUUCAAUUAACUUUAUCCUGGCAAAAUGAUCUAAAGUAACAUCGCUCGCAGGCAACAGAAAUCAGCCUUGUGCCUGUCAUACGAUAGAUGCUUAAAUAAAUUUUGGUUUCUUAAAGCAAAUCCAAUUUGGAAAAAAACAUUCACCCUAUAUAACAUUCCAGAACCAAGCAGUCACCGCCUCAUUAUUCAUACCCUGAGUACUCCCAAAUGAUAUGCUCCAAAAGUUGAUAUUUGUAGAUUUUGGGAAACUUGUCAGGGAUUAUGACAAUAAUUAAGAUGAUUACUGCAUUGGAAGUGAGAAAAGAACUAAGACAAUGCCUAGUGGUGACUUAGAGAGUCUUUAUAUAUUUGUUAUGUGAUAAGAGGAUGAUGAAUGGUUUAUUUCAUCUCCACUGUGGAAAAAAAAAACUCAGCAGAGAAAUUGCAAUAUGAAAAAUGCUGCAAUGUAAGAGAGAGCUUUCUAUUAGGGAAAGUUAUUAAAAACUGCUUUUGAUAAAUGUCGAUAAUAGAAUUUUCUUCUUAAAUCACUUUUAAAAACUGGAUGCCCAUGUACCUAUGUACCUCAAAAGGGUGUUCUGUGGCAUGGCCCAGAGGCAAGUGACUUCCACUUAUGUUCUCUAAAGUCACUUCUGUCUCUGUGAAUCAAGAACACCAAAACAUGCUUUUAAGAUCACCUAAAAGGCUUUGAUCAACUCCACUCUCUGCUCCAAGGGUUUUCUCAGCGUCCCUGUUCACCGCUGACGUAGCAGUGGAUAGCUGAAUAUAGCAUAAACUACAAGCUAUUCUCUACAGAAAGCAAUAGAACAAGUUUCUACUUUGACAGAUUAUGCAUAUUAUCAUGUCAGAUGAAUAUGGAAUGCCUUUCAACCAUGAAGGAAGCAAAAAUCUGAAAUAUCAAACUAAGCCUGAAUUGAAAUCAUUGUGCAUGAAACAAUUUAAGAGGUCAGUAUCUGUACUCUCCACCGGUGUGCAAAUACUGCAGCAUUUAUCCAGUCUGCCUCUAUCAGUUUACUUGAUUUCUUUUAAUAAGGCCAUUAUACUAAAUUCCACUGAACCCAAUGAUGCCAUAUCACUACCCAGCAACAGCUGGGAGAAAAAGCUGUUGCUGGGUAGUGAGAAGUUUCCAACCUUCUGUGUGAAAUUGCUAGAGAGGGCAAUGAAAGCUUGCUUUGACUUUCAUUAAGCCUCUUUUAUCUCCGUGAAGUACAAAGUCAGGCUUUGUGAGGAAGCCACUUUAUUAAGGGAAUCAGAAGAAUCCUUAGCAUAUUCUCAAGCACAUGUAUGUGAACAGGUAGCUUUGAACUCCAUAUGGAUAGUUUCCAGCCAACAGCCUAUUCUAGGUAAUACUGCAGAAUUGUACAGGAAGCCUUAAUGCUCAUGUUUGAGAGUGUCACUGCUCAUAAUCACAACGUGCACCUUUCAAACUGCCCACAGUCAAAUUGUAUGUGGAUGUGUAUACAGGAAGUGGGGUUGGGAUAGGGGUAAGGUGGUUCACAUAUGGAUUUGGUCUUUCAUGUUUUGUUUCUUUCUUUUUAAAGUAAUGAUAUCAAGCUGUCAAUGCCCACUGAUUACAUCAAUCAGUUUAGUUCACUUUACAAUCACUGAUUGAUUGCCUACACUGAGCAAACCGGGCACAUCCUGAGUGCUAGAGAUAUAAAGAUAAAUAGUACUUGAGUUUUGACCUUCAGCAGCCAAUGAUCUAGGAGGAGAGAUCUACAAAGAAAGGGUAGAAGCAAAACAAUAUCCCAAGGAAAUUUUAUGCAAGAGGGGGAAUGGUUAAUUCUUGCUUGGUGAGGAAAGGCUUCCCUGGGAAAUAACAGUUGAGCUACUUUGAAAAGAUGGCACAAAAUUUAUCAAAAGUAGAAUACAUAUAACUACACUGGAAGAUACUUUGGCAGUUUCUUACAAAACUAGGCUUACUUUUACCAUAAGAUCUAGCAAUCGAGCUCCUUGGUAUUUACAAAAUAGCGAGCU